AUGCGUAUUGCAACACUUCAAUUCAACCCUCAAGUGGGUCAGAUCGCGGCCAACUUCAGCCGAGCCGAGAGCUUACUGAUGCGGGAAGAGCGCGAAGGCGUUCUACGCGACCUCGAUCUGCUCGUAUUGCCGGAAUUGGCGUUCACAGGGUACAAUCAUCCCUCGCUUUCGGCGAUCGCGCCAUACCUGGAGCCGACGGCGGCUGGUCCCUCUACGCGAUGGGCGGCGCGCACUGCCUUACGGCUCAAAUGCACCGUUGCAGUUGGCUACCCGGAGGCCGCGGAAGAAGGCAACUUCAAUACUGCAUAUGAUGCUAAAAUCACCGCCGAGGAAGGUACCGUUGCCUACAACGCACUGGUCAUUGUGGAUUCUACCGGCGAGGUAGUGGCUCACUACCGCAAAUCUUUCCUAUACUACACAGACGAGACAUGGGCACAAGAAGGGCAAGGCUUCUUUGCAGGUGUGCUUCCCAUGGGCGCUGCAGGACAUCGGAUGAAAGCUGUGGCAGGUAUCUGCAUGGACAUUAAUCCGUACAAGUUCGAAGCGCCAUGGACAGCCUACGAAUUCGCGAAUCAUGCGCGCGAGUCACGAGCCAAGAUUGUCAUUCUAAGUAUGGCAUGGCUUACGCAUCUAACUGCGGAUGACCUCGCCGAGCAGGUCAUGUUGCCUGAUACGUCUACGGUCGGUUACUGGGCCGAACGGUUCCGCCCGCUAAUGAACAGCACCACGGGCGCAGAUGACGAAGUCAUUAUCGUUUGUGCCAAUCGGGUUGGUAUCGAGGGGACGUGCCCACGGAUAGGUCAAGUCAAAUACGCUGGCAGCAGCUGCGUCUUCUCAAUGAUGAAGGGCCAAGAUGUCAGAAUCUGGGACAUCUCUGGUCGAUCACAGGAGGGGGUGCUACUCGUUGACACCAACAAUCGACCGGGGUUCUCGAUCGCACCCCAGGAGAAGGCUGAGACGAUCGGAGGGCCUAUGGAUGGCCAAACUCAAGCUGCAGUCGAUCAGGCAGCCGAGCAGAAACCCGCCUCUGACGACUGA